AACUCUUUUACUUUUUGUAAUUUCAAGGUUUUUUUUUUCGGAACAUGGAUUUGCAUUUCUCUUAUUGCUGUUUUCCAGGAAAGAAAGAAUUUUUCCUUUCCAUCUCUCGUCCAUUUCCAUAGGCUUUGAUCAGAGUAACUGUAUUGUUGCCUAUGUUUAUGCUCAAUGAGACUUUGCUUUUUGUUUCCCCAUUUUCUUUUCUUUUCUUUUUUUGGUAAUGGUGAUUGCCAUGAUGAGAAAUCUGAACUUUCUACAACAUGAAAGAUUGCUAAUGCUAUUUCUGGCAUUUUGCUUUUGUUGUUCAGGUUGGGAAGCACAAGUUGUUUUCUUUUGCUUAUUGGGGCCCAGAAUUUGAACCGGUAGGAAGAAAAGAAUCCUUUUGAGAAUGUCGGAUGGGAAACGUCAUUGUGCUGGUAUACCUCUUUCAAAAACUCUGGUAGCUCUUAGGAGGGUGAGGUCGUUGAGAGACCCAUCAACUAACUCUAUGAGCAAAUUAUCUGCUUUUGCUGAUAAUCUGACAUGGGAAACUGAUUCUUGCAAUGCGCUCUCUCUGCGUCUAGUAAAUGCUUACCAAGAAGCUGGUUCGGACAACCACAGUUUCCGUGAGUCCAACAAUGUUUAUUUAAAUGGGACAAUGGAGGAAUUUGGUAGUGAUCCUGAAUAUAGUUACAGUUGGAGAAAAUCAAACCUCAAAUGGACUUCAUCAAAUAAAUCAGCUCGGCUAAAAGAUAUGGGUUUGGGUUCUCUAAGAGCAGAGAACAUUGAUGAAGUUUGCUAUCCCAGAUUGCGUAGAAUUGGGAUGUAUGUGAGUAAGUCAUCUAGUGACAAAUCAUUAGAUUUGGAGGAGGUGGACUUGCAUAGUGAACCCACUUCAGAAACAGCAAGAUCACAGAGGAUUGACUCUACUACUCUAAAGAGGAAACUCAGAUGUAGUACAGGAACUAAAUCAUCUGGGGUAGAAAGGGAUGUUCUCGGGAGUCAGGUUGAUAGUCCAUAUCCAUCUCUAACUGUAAGUGAUGCUCGGGUGGAUGUGUCAAGCCACAGCACAUCAGUCUUGGCUAAUGAAGAGGUUGAUGUUUUGGAUCACUACCACCGUGGAUGUGGCAUUACUUGUUGCUGGUCAAGAACUCCAAGAUUUAGGGAGUCAACUCUUCCUCCUGAUGUAGAACAUCAUCCUUUAUUAUCAGCAGCAGCAGGAGGACGGGAGACAGGUCUAUCUGGACAAGAAAGGAGCUGCACAUUUCUUAAGAGACAAUUUGCUCCAUAUGCAGACAACCCAAGGAGUUUCAGCCAGAAGUUCAGGCCAAGAUCUUUUGAUGAAUUGGUGGGGCAGCAUGUGGUGGCACGAUCCCUUUUGAGUGCCAUAUCGAGAGGGAGAAUUGCAUCCUUCUAUCUUUUCCAUGGUCCCCGUGGCACAGGUAAGACUUCAACCUCAAGGAUUUUUGCAGCAGCUUUAAAUUGCCUCUCCCUUGAAGAGCAUAAGCCAUGUGGGUUAUGCCGAGAAUGUACACUCUUCUUCUCUGGAAAGAGCAGUUAUGUCAAGGAAGUGGAUCCUGCAAGCAUCAACCGGACAGACAGGUUACUACAACAAGAAACAUGGGCAACUGUUUUGAAUAGCCUAGAAGACCUCCCACAGCAUGUUGUCUUUGUAAUGAUCACUGCUGACCUUGAAAAGCUACCACGCGGUGCCAUAUCACGGUGCCAAAGAUAUCACUUUCCAAAAAUAAAGGAUGCUGAAGUUGCAAGCAAGUUGGAAAGAAUAUGCGUUGAAGAAUGUUUGGACUUUGACAAGGCUGCUUUGGAUUUUAUUGCUGCUAAAUCUAAUGGAUCCCUUCGUGAUGCAGAGAUGGUGCUUGAUCAGCUGAGUUUGCUGGGGAAAAGAAUUACGGUUUCAUUGGCAUAUGAACUUAUAGGAAUUGUUUCAGAUGAUGAGUUGCUUGAUUUGCUUGACCUGGCAUUGUCCUCUGACGCUCCAAAUACAGUUAGAAGGGCUAGGGAGCUUAUGAAAACAAGGGUUGAUCCCAUGCAACUGAUAUCGCAGCUAGCAAAUCUCAUAAUGGACAUUCUUGCUGGAAGAUGUCAGGCAGAGGUUGGGAGAAAUUUUUUUGGGCAGCAUACUUCUGAAGGAGACUUUCACAGAUUGAGGCAUGCAUUAAAAGUACUUUCUGAGACUGAGAAGCAAUUGAGGACAUCUAAGAACCAGACAACUUGGCUUACAGUAGCCCUUUUACAGCUAAGUUCUGUAGAAUCCUCAUCCUUGGACCCAAAUGAUUCAAGACCAUGUUUGAGAACAGAACAGGAGAAAGAGGAUGGCUUUUGCAGCACAUCUCCAACAGGAGAUAUGUUUAAGCAUUCUGUUUCUUGUUUGUGCGAUGACAACAAAUCUCAUAAUUCAGAGAUGCAUGAAGAUUGCAAAGACAAAUUAGAAACCAUUUGGAAGAGGGCCAUGGAGAGAUGCCAAUCUGAUACACUUAGGAAUUUUUUACAGAAAGAAGGGAAGUUGACUUCUCUCUGUUUCAACCAAGGUGUUGCAGUAGCUGAAGUGGAAUUUUGUCAUCAAGAUCAUGUAUCUAGGGCAGAGAAGUCAUGGAAACUGCUUGCAAGUUUACUUUGCCUUGUCCUAGGUUGUAAUGUAGAAAUUAGAAUCAAUCUUGUCCCUGGUGCUUCUGCGACAACCAUUGUGAAAAGAAAGAAGCUAUCAUUUUGUUUGUUGAGCUGCUCUGGUAGAAUGAGUGAUGAGUCAUAUUCAACAACAGAAGAUGAAAAUAACCAUUUAGAUCACUCUGAUUUCACCUCUGAUAAAUCUACAAAAAGGGAAAAACAUAUUGAAAGUUGCUCAUCUGAUUGUGGUUCUCACUUCUCUUCUACCUGUUCUCAUCAUAAAGCAACAACUACUACUGGUAAGAAGAGCAAUGGAAACUCUCUAAGCAGCAGGACAACCACAUCCCACAAAUCAGAGCAUGAUACAGAGGGAUCCCAGUUAGGAGUCAAUUCUUCAAAAGAAGAGGCAAAUGACUGGGGCCACCAGGAUUUUUCUAUUCAAGAACCUGAGGAUCAACCAAGCUGCUUCUCAAAGACUGUGAGGUUCCAUCGAAGGUUAUGUUCAUCUACUGCAUCUCAAGGGAUCUGUUUGAGGAUUCAUGCACACAACAAACUUGAAUUGUCCAUUCCAAGGAAGGCAUCUUUUAAAACAUAUUACUGUGCCAAUGAACCUGACAUUCUAUGCCCCAGCUCUAAUACAUGCGGUAACAGUUUCAUGGCUGACGAUGGGCAAAGGAAGGAAUCUGGACUUGGCUUAAAUGUGCACUGCUGGAGAGCUCCCAAGUUUCCUCUUAGAAGGGCUUGGCUGCUGAGGCAACAAGGUCAAGGAUCUCAUAUAGUGAGUUGGGUUCUGCCAUGCACGAAUGCAAAAUAGUUUUCUGAUAAAACUGAAUUCUUCAAACAUUUUCUGCUGCACUAAGCAUUAAUAAUUGUACCCUCUCAGAUGUUGCAAGCAUAUCACAGACUUACGUGAUUGUGUAUAUUGAGUUGGAACUAAUCAAACACAAAAAGGAAAUAAAGAAA